ACGCUUUGAACACAGAUGCGGCUCUUCUGCUCUCUGAGCGCCAGUCAGACGAACAGCACCAUGACUGCGAACGCAUACGACGUGAUUGUGAUUGGCGGAGGGAUCUCAGGCCUGAGUGCUGCCAAGCUGUUGGUGGAGAGCGGCCUGAAUCCUGUCCUCCUGGAAGCCAGGGACCGUGUUGGUGGAAGAACAUUUACUGUUCAGAAUAAGGAGACCAAAUGGGUGGAUCUGGGAGGAGCGUACAUCGGGCCCACUCAAAACCGCAUCCUGAGGAUAGCCAAACAGUACGGGGUGAAAACAUACAAAGUCAACGAGGAGGAGUCUCUGAUUCACUAUGUGAAGGGGAAGUCAUAUCCAUUCAAAGGGCCUUUCCCUCCAUUGUGGAACCCUCUUGCCUACAUGGACUACAACAAUCUCUGGAGGACAAUGGACAAGAUGGGGAUGGAGAUUCCUAAAGAAGCUCCAUGGAGGGCCCCUCAUGCUGAAGAGUGGGACAAGAUGACCAUGCAGCAACUCUUUGACAAAAUUUGCUGGACCAGUGCCGCUCGCCGCUUUGCCACUCUGUUUGUCAAUGUGAACGUGACCUCCGAGCCCCAUGAGGUGUCUGCUCUGUGGUUCCUUUGGUACGUCAAACAGUGUGGAGGCACAAUGAGAAUCUUCUCUACCACCAAUGGGGGCCAGGAGCGCAAGUUUGCUGGAGGUGCCAAUCAAAUCAGUGAGGCGAUGGCGAGAGAGCUGGGGGACCGUGUGAAGCUGAGCAGAGCUGUCUACAGCAUUGACCAGACUGGAGACCUGGUGGAGGUCAGGACAGUUAAUGACGAGAUAUACAAGGCAAAAUAUGUCAUACUUGCCAUACCACCGGGGCUGAACUUGAAGAUCCAUUUCAAACCUGAAUUACCCCCUCUGAGGAACCAGCUCAUUCAUAGAGUGCCUAUGGGCUCAGUCAUCAAAUGCAUGGUGUACUACAAAGAGAAUUUCUGGAGGAAGAAGGGAUACUGUGGCAGCAUGGUGAUCGAGGAGGAGGAAUCGCCUAUUGGUCUCACGCUUGACGACACUAAGCCUGAUGGGUCUGUGCCUGCUAUAAUGGGUUUCAUCCUGGCACGAAAAUCCAGGAAACUAGCAGGCCUGACGAAAGAUGAGAGAAAGAGAAGGAUCUGUGAGAUUUAUUCUCGUGUGCUCGGCUCAGAGGAAGCGCUACAUCCUGUGCACUAUGAGGAGAAAAACUGGUGUGAGGAGGAAUACUCUGGUGGCUGCUACACCGCCUACUUCCCCCCUGGUAUCAUGACACAGUAUGGCAGGGUCCUGCGGGAGCCCGUGGGCAGGCUGUACUUUGCAGGAACUGAAACGUCCACAGAGUGGAGCGGUUACAUGGAGGGGGCUGUGCAGGCGGGCGAGAGAGCCUCUAGAGAGAUUUUGUGUGCAAUGGGAAAACUUCAUGCGAGUCAGAUCUGGCAGUCAGAGCCUGAAUCACUGGAUGUCCCAGCCCGUCCGUUUGUCACUACAUUCUGGGAAAGAAACUUGCCAUCCGUUGGAGGGUUCCUCACGUUUAUGGGCGUGUCCUCCUUCCUGGCUCUGGCCACAGCCGCAGGAGUGGUCGCCUACAAGAAGGGGCUCCUCCCACAUAGCUAAAGCCCCUCCCACUUUUACAACCUGUUCCCUGUGACUGGCCUUGUGAUUGUGGCGUUCAGUCAUCUAAUCACAGCCACAACUGCCUGCGUAUGUGGCCGAGUUACUUAGUUGAGAUUUGACACACAAUUGCUCAGUCAUUGUUGAAAAUUAACCAAGUGAUUAUUAUGGCAUAAUGAGUAGUUACUAAUAGUUAAUGUGGGAAUUGCCCUGUCAAAGUGUUCACAAACUAGGCAACAAUCCACAACCAUUCAUUGUGUAAGUUUUUGUGUAUCACCAGUCUUGUUGAUUACCUCUGCUAAUUUCAGGUGCUGUUCUCAGGAACUCAUUAAUUAACCUUCCAAAAUAUUGAAACUACGUUACAGAGAUUCGAUUCACAUUUAGCGAUGCAUUCUGUUGUAAUCUGUGACGGAGAAUAUCUUCUCACAACACAGGAGCUGUAUUAUCUUCAGCACAAUUCACUAUAUCAUUCAUGAGAGAAGCAGAGGCUUGUUCAUGUCAAAUUUACACUUGUUUCUCAACAUGCCAUCCUUGACAAUGUCAAACAACAAUUUGUACAGGCUGGCAGUAUAAAGAAGUGGCGUUUAUGGAUGUCCCAGUGUUUAAAGCUGCUGUGUGUGAUUGUGUCUGAUUGAAACAUAAAAGCAUUUGAAUGUACUUUUACUUGAUGUAACAGAACAGUGUAUACUUGAAGUAUGAUUUUUUUUAACUUGCAUUUACUGUCAACCAUCCAUUUUUUUUAAGAAUCCCCAUAGUAUUAUUAUAGUAAAAAAAAGCUAAAAUGUCAUUAAAUGUUUAUUUUUUAAAACAAAUAUAAAGACUUUCCCAGUUUAUGUAAAUGGUUUAAUGAGAGUUUUGUUUCCCCCGAAUCCAACAACUUUGUGAUAGACCUCACCUUCGUAGCUGUAACCUGUGCAAUAUUGUUUCCAGAACAAUUAUCGUAUUAUAUAUUUUUACCACGAAAUGCAAAAUAAUAUUUCAUUGUCUAAAACUGCAAUUAAUUGAAAAGGAGGUGAUGCAGCCCAAAACCUGGACAGAUUUCAACCUAAACUGUAUUACAGUAUGUGUGUAAACCUGAAGUGUGUACAUUUUGUUGUUCCAAAGAUGUGUUGUAACUGUUGUUUGUGGUGCCUUACUCUGAUGUAGUAUUCCUUUAUUUCUCAAGUGCCUCCAGUCUUGAACAAUUGCUUUCUAAAAACGAUGACUUUUCACACAGUCAUAACCAUUUCUGAAGAUCUUUUGGUAGAUAAAUCUGCAUCGAAUUCAAAGUGACAUAUACAAACUUGCUGUGUGCUGCUCUAGUCUUCAGCAUGCUGUACAAUCAAAAGCUCUUACUACAGCUUCCUGAGGAAGCCACUGAUGAUUGAGGACUGACCGAAUCAGAGGCAAAGCAAUGUUGGAUAAGAAAGCUUACAAUCCAUGACCUACACCAUAGUUGGUCAACUGUGAACUUAGUAACGAAGAGGUGAUUCUUUAGUCCUGACAUGUUGUAGUUGCUGUAAAUCUGCCAUCUGGUGUGCUAGUGAAUUGUGCCUCUGUGUGUGUGUGUGUGUGUGUGUAUGUGUUGCUAAUACUUUUCUGAAACCACAUAACAUGGCCCUGUUAAUCCGGUCUGUUGUCUUCUGCUCAAGGUUUGCAUAGCCGCCCUGCUACGAUCCCUAUGUCUGAUUUUGUGUGCGUAUAAAAAUGUCCAAUGGUCUAGUCUUGUAAUGCAUUAUUUGAUCUUUGUACAAAUCCAGCGACUAAGUAAGCUGAUAAUAAAAGUGUGAUUUUACCACCA